AUGGUGCGACGCGCCGGUGCGAGGUUUGCCUACUGGUUGUCCCGUAGGUGCCUCGCGUCGGGUGUUACCGGAGACAACGCCACCGGCGCGGUAAGCAGCCUUCCCCACUCCCUCUGUUGUCGUCUCCUUGUAUUGGGUUCUGCCUUUGUUCGUCUCGAUCUGUCUGAUUCCGUCCCUGCAGUCGGGAGCUUUCUCCAGUCGGUUCGCGUCGGGAAUAUGCAGCCUCACGCGCGCUCCCUCAUACGGUGGUUCGGAUGCGGGUGGGUGAAUGUGCCGGAAUUGAUUCUUUCUGAGAGACCUUUUCAUUGCCAGACUCCUCCUAUUUGCAUAUGCUGGCUUUGACAUUGAUGUCUUUGCUUUUUUCUGCACGGCUCAACGAAAGGGAGUGGGAUCCAAGGUGUAGCAUCUCCCAGGUCUUGGUGCCCGAGCAGGUCAUUUCACGGUACAAAUGCCGACGUCAAGCUGCUCAAGAUGUUCCUUUUCUCUAUGUCUCAGGAUUUUCUAAUUAUCCGUUUUGUUUGUCUACUUUUUUCAGGUUCACGUCCUAUGUGUGUUAGGGACUACUACGAAGUACUCGGGGUCACCAAGAACGCAAGUCCAUCAGAAAUAAAAAAAGCUUAUUAUGCGGUAAUUUUCAUUAUCUGCUUUCCUUUCAUUGUUUUUAAAAAUACCGAUCGUAGGACCUUGUUUUACUCGAGUUUCAUGCCGGCUGAUUAGAAAAGGACAAUUUUCGCGUUAUCUUAUGAGCAAAUUGACUUUAUUUUGAAUCAGACGGAGAGAACAAGGUCUUGAUAAUUAUACCUCACCAUCGUUUUUUGUUCUUCACUUUUCCCUAUUCUUCUCGCUGAACGAAAAAGGAAAGCAUCCCUGCUUGAAAGAAACAUGAGUUGAAAUUUGAUUAAGUUUAUUGAUCAUCAACUGGGAAGCCUAUACAGUAUUCCACUGUUAGGAGACACCAGGCAGACUCUCUGCAUGUUGGGAACAAUGAUGCUACUACCAGUACUUUCAGGAGAGAAUUCAAUGUGAAGUUAGACACAUAUGGCUAUUAUCCGGAGAUAAUUGACAAGAGCCAGAGUCUCUUGUGAUAACAUAUCAAGAAAGGUGAUGUACUCUGGAUCAGCCAUAGGUGUAAACUUGUCUUACCCGAAUGAAUAAAGGAAAGAUGAUGAGAAAAUAAAGGGCUACAGGUAGAAUUUUGUCGUUGUCUGUUUGACAACUGAAGAAGUGCCUCUUCAUUUGCUAGGUUCACAUUUGAAUGUAUCCAGGCCCCUUAGAAAUCAGGCACAGGAGAAGGCUUCCUUUCAUUGGCAACACUUGUGGCUGAGGAAUCGAUAAGUUUGGAUGAAGAGAGAUCCGCAGAUUUUGCUCAAACGUCAAGCAUCUGAUCGGAUGCACUCACAUGUUUGCACUUCCUUAAAAGAGGUGAUCAUUUAAAGAAUUUAAUAUAUCAGUCACUGUCAAAUUUCAUUGUAGUUAUUGUUCUAUGCUCAAAACAGUACCCAGCGAUGUGUAGAACCCAGCAUCAGGAGAGGAACCUGGUGCAAACCAUACAAGGAUCAACAGUCGGGAAAAAUCUCUUCUACUUCUGAGUUCAUGGAACAAUUGCUAGUUAUAUACAAUUACCCUGGCUACAAAAAAAGGAAACUACAUAGGCUAAGGAAACUGAUCAACGGAAACUAACUUCUAAUUACACGUUUUUCCCACAAAGCCUUUUGACAAACAGUGCCAGAAAAUGGUACUUGCCUGCUAUUUGAAUGUGAUUGUGCUAAUCUUAUUGCUAGCGAUUUUACUGGUGGAAUGCAUUUUGCUUUCUCUUUUCAUCUGUCCAUGACUACUAGAUAAAUGUGUCAGUUAUUCAUUUCCUAAUGUAGCCCAUAAUGACGGAGAAAAUUUCAUGUUCUUAAUUAGAUGAACAUAAGCAAAUUGUUGGUGACGUGGCCAUAAAUGAGUAUCAAAUAUUUUAUUUCUUUUUCUAUUUGUCGAUUUAUGUUGGUUCUUGAACUAUCCACUUCUAUUGCAUGUCACACAGCUAGCCAAAAAACUUCAUCCAGACACAAACAAGGAUGAUGCUGAAGCAGAAAGGAAGUUUCAAGAAGUUCAGCGUGCUUAUGAGGUAUCAUUCUCUUUAGGCUAUUAUCUCAUAAGUGCAUGUUUCUUCUAAAUAAUUUUACAACUAAGAUACUGUUGCUUCUCAUUUUCAGGUCCUCAAAGAUGACGAAAAAAGGUCACUUUAUGACCAGGUGAAUCAAUUAGACUUCUUUAAGUUACAUGAUGUAUCCGCAUAUUCGAUUAUGGUAGUAUCCCUUUUGAUUAAUGAGAGAUAAUUUUAUCAUUCUUUGCGAGAGCAGCAACCGAAAGGACAUUGCAUUUUUAUUUUUAAAAUGUUUUUUUCUUUUCAAUUUGCCUUAUUAUUGUCUAUGGUAUUUUCAUUGAUCAAGCCUCUUCUUCUGUCUAGUAUUUCUGAACUUAUAAACAGGAGUGUGAUGUGCUCCUUAAAAAAGCAGUACAUUAAAAUUUGGAGAUGAGACAUAUCUCCGCAUAUGUGCUAGCAGACUAACAGAAGCUUUGUCAUUUUAAUUUCUUCUUAGCUUGUGGCACAAAAAAUACAUGUUAAUUUCCACCAUUGCAUGUCCCCAUUGCAUUUUCAAUGGCAGGGUCUAUUAGAUUUUUCCGACUUUCUUUUAUGUAGCUAAAUCUCAAGAAUGUCCCCAUUAGGUCUCUGUAUUGUUUCAAUACGCUCCAAAAUAAUGCCGAAUCCCAGAGAACGUGCCAAUUGAUACCCACGGAAAGCUCAUUGGGGUACUGAUGGUCCUCGGAACACUUAGACCGGACAAGUUAAACAACAAUCAAAGUUUAGGCGUUUCUCAACAUCUUAGGAAAGGCCGGGGUUCGAGCUGAGAAGGGAGAAGAAGGGAACACUGGAGUGUUUCAAGAGCACAUGCGAUCUAAAACGCGGCUUGUUUCUCAUGAAUGGUACAACCGUUGCUCAUCUCCAAUAUGCCCCUUGAGAGGGGAUAUUGUUCCCUUCAUGGGACGAUGCUGCCACGGAUAUAAAAUUGAUUUAGGCAACAUCAGCACUUAUAGGGCCAUUCUUCACAUCCUAGCGAAAAAUCUUCUUGUGAUAAAAUUGUAUGUUAAUGGCCAUCUUGUGAGCAGGCUCCCCUAGAUGCUUUUGAUGUGAAAACUCUCAUCAUUACCAAUUCUUGCUAUCUAAUCUGUUCCGGGCGAUUCAGUGGGCUAGGUAGUAACAGUGGAUAGAAAAAGUAACCUUGUCAACAUCAUCGAUCCUGUCUCUCAACAAUUUGUCACUAUCUGGUUUCGCCUUAAUAAUCAGGGCCUCAAGCACAAUUACUUGUUACAUCAUUUUGGUGACAGUUGCGUCUAUUGUCAUCCACCUUGUUAUUUUUACCUCCCAAUGCUAAAUUUCUGACAGUAUCCUAGAAGGCGAAUCGUGUAUGUGUCACUUGUUCCACAGUGAGGAAGAGAGCUGCUACAGAUGUGUCCGGUGCUUUUUGCCAUGGUCGCAAUGGAAUUCUCUAUUUAUCUUGUGAUGGUUGGAGGUCCUAGAUGGUAAGCAAGAGAGAUUAUAGGGAUACCGUGGCUGCGAAAUUAGUUGAGACUUGUAAGCUCCCGUGUACUGUCUGCUGGGAAACCAAAAGUUCGAAAAAGAACACAGGUGGGCGGGUGGAGUUUCUAUUGCCUGCAUUUUUCUGCUGUUUGUUGUAACACUUCCAUGGAGCAACCGCUAUUAUUAGAAUGGGUUGGAAGGUGCUGAGAUGUUCCUCCUCAUGCCAUGCAGUUGUAUUUGGGUGUGGACUCCGAUUCAACUUUGAGCCUCAUCAUAUUUAUAAGAGUUUUCCUUGGAUUGCUUACCUUUUCUUACUUUGGCUCUGGGGAGGGGCCAUAUUGAUAGGAGUUGAGGUGUGUCGAGGAGUACUGUCUAUGCUCAAAUUUAAUUCAGCCAUCGAAAGCUGAAAAACAUCCACAAGGCUGAGUCAAAAGUGGGGUGAAUAGAACUAGCCAGGAUGUUAUGUAUAUAAAUUUGGACAAAUAUCUAUGGUACUUUUCUGUCUAAAUGCUGCAUCACACCCCUUGUUUCUCUAUGAAAGCAAUUGUAAUAUUAACUGUUAAGAAAGAAGAUGAAGAGAUGCCCUCCAGAAAAAAAAAGGAUUGUGGAAAUGACCAUAAAUUAUGGAUAAUGGAGGGGUGCCAUGAUGUCCCAUUGCCUUUUGUACCUUUCCGUUUUUCUUUGUUCAACUGUGUCAUUGAACUCUUUCCUCACAAAAAUAAGUUGGUCCCUCUCUUUCACACCUGACUUACCAGCAAAAGCAAUUCAUGGAAAAUGAUGCGAUUGAUGAUGUUAUUUUUUUGUGCAUCACUCACAUUAUUUUUCAUGGGUUGUUAUUUUUCCUUUAAUUUCUAGAAGAAACUAUUGUAUCCAUGUUAUCUCAUAUGUCCUAGUCUAUCCCUCCUUUGCUUAGGCUAGUUAUUGUCUCUCAAUAUUAUUCUUAAUAAUUGCCUAGGUUGGUGCUGAAGCAUUUGAGCAAGCGGCUUCUGGUGGCGGCCCUGGUGGUGGUCCAUUCGAUGGUGGAUUCAACCCGUUUGAGGAGUUCUUUCGAGGUGGAGGCAUGGGCAGUGACGUAUGUGCUCUUCAGAAACCUUUGCUGUUGUAAAUUUUUUAAGGACAAUAUUCUUUCUAACAGUAGACGAACCUUUUGGGUUUUUACGGUGGUGAAUUUCGAAUCGUCUGAUUCAUGUUUUUACGUCACUGAAUUUUACAUCGAGAAAGGUUUGUGUUCAUUUCUGCAGAAUUUUUUUAAUAAAUGUUGGGAUUUAUAGAUUCAAGAUUGCUAUAUUUUCCAUCUCUGACUUAAGUUUAUAAUACUCAUAUUGUUUGCUUUUUGCAGCGUUGUAGUGAUUUGUACUUGCUUAUUUCGGUUAUAUCUGGCUUUUAAUCAAAUCAAAUGUUUGUUUUGGCGCAUGGAAGCUAUUGCCUUUUUGACAUCAUUCUCAUCUUAUCUAAAUUCAUCUACUUUGUAUACUUCUGCAUUUAUUGGCUUUUUUGCCACUGAUACAUGCUUUAUUCAUGAAAUAAUUGCAUCCACCCUUGUGUAUAGUUUAUGUCUACUCAAAUUCUUGUCGUUCCCCAGUAUUUUCUUUAUAAACUUAUUGACCAUUUUCCCUUUUAUCUAAUUUUGUUGAAUUCGUAGAAUUCAGUCAACCAAACAGGAGUGGAAUCCCAAUCGUGCUGCUUUUGUUUUUAAUGAAUGCUUGUUGUAUUUUCUAUAACCGUUCUUUAAAAGUUCCUCUCUGCGCAUGCUGCCCUGCCUCAGAUUUCUUCCAUUGGAGUGUAUGAUAUCUAUCUCAUAUGAUAAUAAAUCCAUUGGAUGAAUAUUUUUGGUUGUAAAUACCUACUUUAACUUUGGGAUUGUGAUUUUCUAGUUCAUGUCUUUCAUGUGGCCAAUCUGUGCAGAAGAAAUGGAAAUAGCAUAAUAUUGGAGCGUUUUCCCUUCUUCACCCACAUUAUAUUAAAACUUUUUUUUGGUGUGGGGCAGAGUCAGGAUGAGUACAAAUGGUUCAACCUUUUAAACGCCAUUUUUCUCUUUCUAGUUUCAGUUAAGACGAUAUGUAUAUUUUUUUUGUCCUCCCCACAAAGAAAAACGUUAGAAAAAGAAAAUAAAAUCUCAUCGACCAGUUUUUUUCUCAUUUUGUAUUUUAAUCUUCCACUCUCUCUUAGUCUGUUGCACUUGCCCCGUUCUCAUUCGUUCCUAUUUGAAUCUCUUCUAUUUAUCAUUUAAGUAGUUCACUAUACGUUGUUUCAUAGUUUUUUUGGUAUGCUUGGGCAUGUUUUGGUUUUUAUUCACAUCUUCCUCUUUUAUGGAUGCAUGAUCAACAGUUAGGACAUGGCGAGCUGGGCAUGUUUUGUUGUACUCAUUGAUCCCAAUUCCGAUUGAACAAGACAGGGUAAUGCAGACCCUUGGCAGGCUUGUUUUGGUCUAGCCGUCUAGGCCGUCCACGGAUGUAGUAGUUGGAGUGCGCCAGCAAUAUCUAUCAUGGAAGAGUUUGAAGACCUACAAAAUGUUGGGCUUCAAACUAUUUUUGCUUUAUUCAUAUAAUAAAAUCACCUAGUGCAGUAAAAUAUAAACAGCAGUUGCGGUAUUCUACUUCUUUAUUUCAUACCAUUUUCGGCCAAUAGCAUGCCACAUUAGUUGUCUCCCAAAGUAGCUGGUUACUUUUACACGGGUUCCAACUUUUGUUUGUGUGGCUGAAAAUGACCGGUGACUUUACAUUGCCAAUCUUAAUAAUUAACCUUUGUAGUUGCUCAUAUUUAUAUUCACAAUUCUAUGUAAUUUGACCGGGCUAAUUUACUUUUUGCAUCCUUCAUGUUUUUCCAUGAAUUUUCAGUUUUUUGGGAAUAUCUUCAAUCGAAAAGGGCGAGAUAUUCAGGUCAAACUCUUUCCAUUAUAAUUUAAUUCUCCUUCAAGUCUUGACUAUUUCACUUUCCUUGGCUUAUUGGACGAUGACUGAACCUUUUCCAUAAUACAGGUGGAAUUGGAAUUGUCAUUCAUGGAGGCAGUUCAAGGAUGUACAAAGACUGUGUCAUUCCAGGCUGAACUACCUUGUGAAACUUGCAGUAUGAUUCUUCACUCAAAGGAGCUAGUGUCAUGGACAAUGUUUCAUUUUGAAUCAGUCUCCGUUCUGUAAGUUUACUAAUAUUCAUUGCAUUUCUCUGUUGCAGACGGAACUGGUGUUCCUCCUGGAACAAAGCCCGAGACAUGUAGGGCUUGCAGAGGCUCAGGAAUGGUUCGAAACCAAACCAUUGUUGUUCAAAAUUUGUACCAUAGUCUCAAGGAUAUUUUACAGUUCACAAUCAUUGCAUUUUCUUACAUAUGCAGACUUUCAUGCAAAAAGGCCCCUUUAGAAUUCAGUCUACCUGUAUGCACUGCGGGGGAACUGGGAAAACAGUGAAGGUACAUUAUUCUUGUUAAUAUGAUAUUCUACCCUGGCUUUUGCAGAAAGGUGUGAUACUGUUUUUCUCAAUUUUCACUCUAUUGUCGAUUUUAGAUUUAGAAGUUCGCUCAUUCCCCCAGUAGCUCAAGCAAAGCUGCUUCCUGCUAGUUUUGCUGUGAUAACGGUUUGAUAUUCAGAAUUUGUAAGUUAUCUUCUAUGAGUCGGAUAAGCAGUAUAUUACUAACAUUGGUUUAAGAUGAUAUUUUUGGUUGAUCCAAUGAUCUUCCUAUCUCGACUUUCUUUUCAAUAAAAUAACUUAACUUGGGUUCGGUUUAUAUCUUUCUGACUUAGUUUGACUUGCAGAAUUUUAUCAGCUCUCAGGUUAUCUAGCUGAGAUAAGCGUAAAUAUCUUGUGAGGCUCUCUUAUUUUUAAAUGAGAUAUGUCAUAGUUGAUAGUAUCUUAUAAAAACUUUUAAUUUAAAAUACUAAAAAUAUUUCCAAUACAAUUGCAUUAAGAUCCUCUUUUUCCGGAAAGGUUUGGGAAUAUCAAUCUUACUUGUGCAAUUCAGAGGAGUUGUCCUGGCACUCUUUAAUCCGGAAUCAGUCUUGCGAUUGACAGAAUCAAACCUUUAGACUAAGAUGAUAAACCCUGGUCUUUGUCUUUUUCAUUUGCGUAAAGAUCCGCAGAUGGGUUCAGAUUGACAGAUAAUGUUUAUGCAUUGAAACAUUUUGCGUUUCAGAGAUGCUAGCAAAACUCUGAUCUAUGGGUUGAAAUUUUCUGGACGAAACUUCUGUGAUCUUGAUUUGAUUAUUAUUUCAUUUUAUUUUCCGUAUAGGUUUAAAUUAGUUUACAUCCAACAGUUGUCCUUUUUGUACUUCUAAUUGAAAAAUUAUCUGCAGAGUUUUUGCAAGACAUGCAAGGGAGGCAAAGUUGUGGCAGGAACAAAGUCAGUGAGAAUAGAUGUGAUGCCAGGUAUACAUUAUUGGACAGUACCUUUUAUGGUUUUAUGUGAAGUUCAUAGAUGGAUGAUGGUAAUCUUUGUUGGACAAAUGUAGCUUACUCAUUUUCAAGUCUGAAACUUUGUAUUGCUGGUAAUCUGUUCGUGUGCGUGCGACUAGAUUACCUUGUUUGGUCUGGAUGAAACCCAGGUAGGGCCGAGCAUCAAUGACCCAACUCUUCAGUUCACUUGUUUUGAAGAAUGAUAAAGUUCAACAAGCUUGCAAGGACGAAAGAUUGCCAGAAAAAUCUUUAGAGAGCAUGUCUCAAGGUUUGAUUUGUUGGUAUACAUGCGUAUUCCCUGGGGGAGUGGUUUCAUCUGGUUAGUCAAGAUAGAUUAAAACCGAAUGAGAGCGGCUUUCAAAUCUCUUUGUAUCGAACUCCCCGAUUUUCAACAAUCAAUCGUUUGAUUAAGCUCAGCCAUGUAAAAUGACUUGAAGAAUAAAUGACAUUUCGUGCUCACAAUCUCAUCAACUUUCAAGUCAUGUAGAGGUGAUUACACAAGCCAAGUCCUAUGACUGUUACGCAGGAAAAUUCUGAGUGAACUUAGGCCUUUUGGAAUCAUCAGUUUCUGAGUAAAUUUUGUUAUCGGCCAUGUGAUAUGCUGGAGGAAAUAUUUGAGAUGUCGGUCAUGCUGGUUCCUAGAUAUGGAAGGCUUAUAAAACUGAAACUGAAACAUCUUCUCUUUUGACUUUAGGGAAAGCCAGACUUGUCAUUCCAGCUCUAAAACCGAAACAAAUAACGCUAUUUCUCGUUUCUUCUGGAUGUAUAUUGGCAUGAAGCUCUUUGCUGCUAAAAGAUGUUAGAACCUGUCUGAUUUGCAGAAAUUCCUCAAACUUCCCUUUCUCGGGGAUAGAAGACCAAAUGCAUGGGUCAGUCAUGAACUAUAGAGUAUCUUGAUCACUGUUUAUUUGAUUGGCAUUGGACAGAUGACCAUAAAUAAUUAUUUGCAGGUGUAGAAUUUGAGAUUGAGGAGUCAUUCUAGGCCGGGUAGGUUAGACUUUUGUUGCUUUGGACGAGUCUGCGAAUUGAUGGACGCGGGAAAAAAUUAGCUGCUGCUGCCAUUGAGUUUGACCUCCUUUGGUUCUGAGACGAGCAUCUGUUAUCACUGUGUCUUUUCUUAUUGGUGCGAUGUUUUCUCUUCGCACUGGUAGAUACAUACCAUACACAACCAUCAUGACUCAUAGGUAUGUACAAUAUAUAGCCAAGAUUAUAACUGGUGGCGCUGAGCAUCUGAAUGAAGCUACUGUUUUGGGUUGUAUAUUAUAUUCAUUCGCAAGGAAAUGCCUGUAAUACAUGGGAGUCACACUUUCCUCGAGGAUAGUUUCGAAAAUGAACAGAGAGGGAGAGGUGUGUGAAUCUACAGGGCGAGUCUCAAAGCCACCCUGGUUUUUCUGGGCCUAGGUCAAGAAUUAAGGUCAACCCCAGCCCUGGCAUCGUGCUUUGCCAGGCUUGGCCAAUGCUCUACCAGAUUCUGUCGUGGAAAGAGUCCUGGUUCCUCUGUGCAGCAGCCUGACGGCAUGUCAUGUAGUGGCCCACUUGCUUCAUAUUUAAACCCUCCUCCCCCCAGCCGCACACCAGGGUUGGGUUUUUCUGGGUCCUGUUAGUUGGCAUACCAUUUAUAUCCUGCAUCAUUUACAAUUUGGGUGUCGCUCCCUCUGUGUUUGCAGAUGAUAUCCUGCCUUUUUUCACCAAAUUAUAUAUAUAUAUAUAUAUAUUGAAAGUGGACAGUAUGAGUUGACAAAUUAGGCAUUGAAUAGUCAAUAUUAUGAACAUUCAUUCCAUGUUGAAAUCCAUGUUUGAGAAAUGGUGAAUAAAUGUUCGUCAAAUAAUUUGAACAUCUGAUGAUGAAUCUCAGCUUCUGGGAAUUCUCUCUGAGCUACUCUGACGUCAUUCUACCAUUUAGGGAUGGACGAUAAUGAAACCAUACGGAUUAACAGAGGUGGUGGAGCUGACCCUGAGGGCGAUCUACCCGGUGAUCUUUACGUCAAAUUGAAGGUAAAUUUCCCCCUUUUGCAUCCUAUCUCGAGCAAGAAUUUCUAAAUCCAUUCACUGAACCAUCAUCUGAAUUUCACAGGUUCAUCAAGAUCCUGUUUUUAGGAGAGAAGGCCGCGAUAUUCAUGUCGAUGCCGUUUUGAGCGUCACUCAAGUAAUUCUCUCUCCUCAUUCAUCGCUUCUGCGUCGUUCUUCCUAUUCCUGCGUUGAACGAUGAUGUUGGCAAAAAUAUAUUUUUUUUCCCUUCCACUUAUUAAAAUAAUCUCUUGGAUCAUAUUAUUCUGCGAUUCCCAUCUGAUCUUCGCCGUCCAAAUCCUGGUUGACUUUUGCAGGCCAUUCUGGGAGGAAGCAUCCAAGUUCCCACUCUUACAGGGGACGUUGUCCUCAAGGUUUGCUACGGUGCACCAUCAUCUUCUCACUCAGCUAGACUUCCGCGCAACUCCAUGGGAGCUAAAAUAUUUGGCUUUCUGUCCACAGGUUCGUCAAGGCACCCAACCUGGUCAGAAGGUCGUGCUGAGAGGGAAAGGUGGGUCCCAGCCAGGAACCCAGCUCUGAUGCCGUCCGUCAUCCAUCCAUUUUCCUUCAUCUGGAUGCUCAUACAUAACCUGCUGUUCUUCUGCAGGGAUCAAGACGAGGAGCUCUUCCUUCUACGGCGACCAGUUCGUCCAUUUCAACAUCAGCAUUCCGACGUAAGUCCACUGUCUCAUCCUGCUCCCUGAUCCCUCCACACCCAGUGAGAGAUCCGACCGUUCUGCAGACGAAUCUUAGCGAUCUGAGUCAACGGAUCACUCUUGAGCUUUGUGUUCAUGGUGGAUACUUCUGCGUGCAGGAACUUGACCCAACGGCAACGGGCGAUCAUCGAGGAGUUUGCGAAGGAGGAGCAGCAACGUGAGGAUUUCAAGGGUGCUGCUGCCGCUGCAGGAGCAUCGGGUUGA